AUGGCCCUGGUCGUGGUCGCCCUCCUGGUGGCGGUGCUGGUGCUGGCCGUGCAGCGGCUGCUGCGCGCCUACACGCGCUUCCGCAAGAUGGAGUUGGCCAUCCCCGGGCCGCCGUCACUGCCCGUCCUGGGCAACGCCCUGGACUUCCUCAACGUGACCGAGGAGAACGUGUGGCCCAUCCUGAGGAGGCUGUGGGGCCACCGCUACGAGCUGUCGCGCUUCUCGAUGCUCGGCCGCCUCGUCGUCAUCGUCAGCGACGCGGACCACAUCGAGAAGUUGAUGAAGCGGCGUGACUUGCAGGACAAGUCGCGCUUUUCUUACGAGUUUAUCGAGUACUUCUCGCGCCGCGGCCUGGUCACCCUGAACGGCGCGGAGUGGCGCAGCCACCGCCGUGCCCUGCAGCCCGCCUUCCACCAGGACGUCCUCGACAGGUGGGUGCACGCAGGCAGCGGGUGGAAACUCCCUUAG